AUGGAUAAAGCUAGCUUAUUAUUGCUUGUGUUUUAUAAGAUCCUCUUCAUUUUACCAGUAUAUUGUGCACCAAAUGACUCCAUAACUCCAUCCCAACCACUCAAGGUAGGACAAACUCUCAUCUCCACUGGACAAAUCUUUGAAUUAGGCUUCUUCAGUCCUGGUAACGCAAGUGAACUGUAUAUUGGAAUCUGGUACAAGAUUGAUCCCGAUCGUAGAAUUGUUUGGGUCGCAAACAGAGGAAAUGCACUCUUAGCAGAUGACCUGGCUUCAAGGCUGAUAAUCAGCAGUGAUGGGAAUCUAAAGCUUAUGGAUGGAAAGCAAGAUAUUGUCUGGUCAACAAAUGCUUCUGUCCAGUCUAAUACCACAAUUGCAGUGCUUACAGAUGAUGGAGAUUUCAUCCUUAAAGAUAAGAUUUCAGGGGCAACUCUGUGGGAAAGCUUUUAUUAUCCUUCUGAUACAAUUUUAGCAACCAUGCAGUUAGGAUUGAACGGUAGAAGUGGUCAGAAAAGUUUCUUGACAUCUUGGGAAAAUGAUAAUGAUCCAGCACCUGGAAAGUUUGUCGUUGGACUUUCAGACGAGAAACCACCACAAGCUUUCACAUGGAAUGGUACCAAACCAUAUUGGAGAGGAGGUCCAUGGGAUGGAUGGAAGUUCAUUGGAAUUGAAGAUGAGGAUAAGGGGUAUGCAAAUGGAAUAAGUCUGACAACAAAUAAUCAAAUAGGAGCCUCAUGUAUGACUUUCAACAAUUUCAACAAGUCCUACAUCUCAAUUAUGGUAAUUUUACCAACAGGUAUGUUGGAGAUACUGCACUGGGAAGGACAACAAAAUCAAUGGAACGUGUCUUGGGCAGCACCUCAGCAUCCAUGCGACGUAUAUGGAACUUGUGGACCCUUCAGCUCUUGUAGCAAGAGUCGCUCUCCACCUUGUGAGUGCCUCAAAGGGUUCUUCCCGUUGUCUAAUGAGGAAUGGAGUAAGGGAAAUUGGACAAGUGGAUGCGUGAGGGGUACACAACUGAUGUGUGAUGGAAACAGUAGCAACUUAAUCUCCAAAGCAUCUAAACCGGAUGGCUUCUGGAAGCUCAGUCAGAUGAAAUUACCAGAUCAUUAUCUGUAUUUGUAUGAUGAGACUGACCAAGGGGGGUGUAGCCAAUGGUGCCUCCGUAACUGCUCUUGUCUAGCAUAUGCAUGUCCAGAUGGUAUAGGGUGUAUGGUUUGGGUGACAGAUCUUGUUGACAUUCAGCAAUUCUCAAAUGAUGGGGAAGAUUUGUAUCUCCGCCUUGCUAAAACAGAGCUAGGAGUAAAAAAGCGAUACACAGCAACCAUCAUCAGUGUCUUAUCUAUAUCGGUUGGUUCACUCUUGGGCUUGUUGAUAUGUUGUGUUAAGAGAUGGAAAGCAAACAGAAGAGCUACAGCACUUAGGCAUUCAGACACACAUAUCCAUGAACAAAAGUCAGAGACAAGUAAAUGGUGCGUAAUGAAGGGAUUCAGGAUAAAGUGCAUAGUAAAGGGUCUCUUUGUGUCGGAGAGAAAGGGCACUGUGAGAGAUAUUUCGCAAGAAGAUGUCCAGGAAGGUCCUGCAUCAGCAAAGUGGUCAUCCGAGCUUCCAAUUAUAGAUUUUAAUAGGGUAAAGAGAGCUACCAACAACUUCAGUGAAGCUGACAAGCUUGGUGAAGGAGGAUUCGGUGCAGUUUACAAGGGGAAUUUAGAAGAUGGACAGCUCAUAGCCGUGAAAAGGCUUUCAAGUCACUCAGGACAAGGCAUGGAGGAGUUCAAGAAUGAGGUUAUGUUGAUAUCUAAACUUCAGCACAGAAAUCUUGUAAGGCUGUUGGGUUGCUGCAUUCAAGGAGAAGAAAAGAUAGUCAUUCUUGAAUACAUGAAAAACAAAAGCUUGGACAAAUUCCUCUUUGACCGAACAAAAAGGUUGGAGCUAGAUUGGGCGAAACGGUUCAGCAUAAUUCAGGGCAUUGCCAGAGGGCUUCUAUACCUCCAUCGAGAUUCUUGUUUGAGAAUCAUUCACAGAGAUUUGAAGGCCAGCAAUAUUCUCUUGGAUGAUGACAUGAACCCCAAAAUCUCAGACUUCGGGCUGGCACGAACUUUCCGUGUCACCCAAGAACUAGCUAACACUCUCAGAGUUGUGGGAACUCUGGGUUAUAUGUCUCCAGAAUAUGCCAUGGGAGGCCUCUUUUCAGAAAAAUCUGAUGUUUACAGCUUCGGAGUUUUGCUGCUAGAGAUUGUCAGCGGCAAGAAGAACACCGGGUUGGGAUAUCAUGAAAAAUAUUUGAACCUUCUUGGCUAUGCGUGGCAAUUGUGGAACGAGUGUAAAGCUCCAGAAUUGCUGGAUCCAUCACUGGCAGAUUCUUGCACCCCAUCAGAAGUAAUGAGAUGCAUUCAAAUUGGACUUCUUUGUGUUCAAGACCAUGCUGCAGAUCGGCCUACAAUGUCAAAUGUGGUUCUGAUGCUAAGCAGUUCUGAAAGCGAAAUGGAACUUCCUCAACCGAGACAGCCAACAUUUACGUUUCAAAGCUUUCUAGAAUCUGAGCAUUUUCAAUCAGGGCUUUGCACGUUCAAUGUUUCCAUAAAUGAAGUUAGUAUUUCAAUGGUUGAAGUUAAAAGUAGUAAUGCGUGGGCAACAUUUAGGGAUUACGACAGCUGCAAAAGACCUACACCAUUGAUUACUUGGGAAGGAUGGUCUGAUCUGAUGACUGUUGACAUAACAAGAAGAUUAGGCCAGAAAAUGAUAUUCAAUCAACCCACUUUGCAGAUGUGCAUAGUUGAAUUGAAGAGCUUAUUGUUGCUUGUGUUUUAUAACAUCCUCUUCAUUUCACCGGUAUGUUGUGCAUCAAAUGACACCAUAACUCCAUCCCAACCACUCAAAGUGGGACAAACUCUAAUCUCAGCUAGGCAAAUCUUUGAAUUAGGUUUCUUCAGUCCUGGUAAUGCAAGUGAAUUGUAUGUUGGAAUCUGGUACAAGUUUGAUCCUGGUCGUAGAAUUGUUUGGGUUGCAAACAGAGAAAAUGCACUCUUGGCGAGUGACCUGGCUUCAAGGCUGAUAAUCAGCAGCGACGGGAAUCUAAAGCUUCUAGAUGGGAAGCAAAAUACUAUCUGGUCAACUAAUGCUUCCCUCCACUCUAAUAGCACAAUUGCAGUGCUUAGAGAUGACGGCGAUUUCAUCCUUAAAGAUAAUGUUUCUGGCGCAACUCUAUGGGAAAGCUUUUAUUACCCUUCUGAUACAGUUUUACCAAACAUGAACGGAAUGAAAAACGUCUCAACGUCCUGGGAAAAUGAGAAUGAUCCAGCGCCUGGGAACUUUUUUACUAUACUUUCAGAUGAAAAACCACCACAAUCUUUCACAUGUAAUGGUACCAAACCAUACUGGAGAGCAGGGCCAUGGAACGGAUGGCAGUUCAUUGGAAUUCCAGAUGCGACUAAGGGGUAUGCAAAUGGAAUGAGUCUGAUAACAGAUAAUCAAACGGGAGCUGCAUAUAUGACUUUCAGCACUUUCAACGAGUCCUAUAUUUACAUUAUGGUAAUUUUACCAACAGGUAUGUUGGAACUACUGCAAUGGGAAGGUCAACAAAAUCAAUGGAACCCGAUUUGGGCAGCACCUCAAAAUCCAUGCGAUGUAUAUGGAACUUGUGGACCCUUCACUGCUUGUAGCAUGAGUGGAUCUCCAAUUUGUGAGUGCUUGAAAGGGUUCUUUCCGCACUCUAAUGAGGAAUGGAGUAAGGGAAAUUGGACAAGUGGAUGUUUGCGGCGUACAGAGUUGAUGUGCACUAAGAACAGUAGCAACUUAACAUCUAAAGCAUCUAAACCGGAUGGCUUCUGGAAGCUCAGUCAGAUGAAAUUACCAGAUCAUUAUCUGUAUUUGUAUGACGUGAUUGACCAAGGGGGGUGUAGCCAAUGGUGCCUGAGUAACUGCUCUUGCCUAGCAUAUGCAUGUCCAGGUGGCAUAGGGUGUAUGGUUUGGGUGACAGAUCUUGUUGACAUUCAGCAAUUCUCAGACGGUGGGGAAGAUCUAUAUCUCCGCCUUGCUAAUUCAGAGCUAGCCGAGUCGUCUCGGUCUCGAGAUAUUUCGCAAGAAGAUGUCCAGGAAGGUCCUGCAUCAGCAAAGGGAUCAUCCGAGCUUCCAAUUAUUGAUUUCAAUAGGGUAAAGAGAGCUACCAACAACUUCAGUGAAGCUAACAAGCUUGGUGAAGGAGGAUUCGGUGCAGUUUAUAAGGGGAAAUUAGAAGAUGGACAGCUAAUAGCCGUGAAAAGGCUUUCAAGUCACUCAGGACAAGGCAUGGAGGAGUUCAAGAAUGAGGUUAUGUUGAUAUCUAAACUUCAGCACAGAAAUCUUGUAAGGCUGUUGGGUUGCUGCAUUCAAGGAGAAGAAAAGAUAGUCAUUCUUGAAUACAUGAAAAACAAAAGCUUGGACAAAUUCCUCUUUGACCGAACAAAAAAGUUGAAGCUAGAUUGGGUGACACGGUUCAACAUACUUCAGGGCAUUGCCAGAGGGCUUCUAUACCUCCAUCGAGAUUCUUGUUUGAGAAUCAUUCACAGAGAUUUGAAGGCCAGCAACAUUCUCUUGGAUGAUGACAUGAACCCCAAAAUCUCCGACUUUGGGCUGGCACGAACAUUCCGAGUCACCCAAGAACUAGCUAACACUCUCAGAGUUGUGGGAACUUUCGGUUAUAUGUCUCCAGAAUAUGCCAUGGGAGGCCUCUUUUCAGAAAAAUCUGAUGUUUAUAGCUUCGGAGUUUUGCUGCUAGAGAUUAUCAGCAGCAAGAAGAACACUGGUUUUGGAUAUCAUGAAAAAUAUUUGAACCUUCUUGGCUAUGCGUGGCAAUUGUGGAACGAGUGUAAAGCUCCAGAAUUGCUGGAUCCAUCACUGGCAGAUUCUUGCACCCCAUCAGAAGUAAUGAGAUGCAUUCAAAUUGGACUUCUUUGUGUUCAAGACCAUGCUGCAGAUCGGCCUACAAUGUCAAAUGUGGUUCUGAUGCUAAGCAGUUCUGAGAGUGAAAUGGAACUUCCUCAACCAAGACAACCAACAUUUACGUUUCAAAGCUUGCUAGAAUCUGAGCAUUUUCAAUCAGGGGUUUGCACGUUCAAUGUUUCCACAAAUCAAGUUAGUAUUUCAAUGGUUGAAGGUCGAUGA